GUUAUAUGUACGAAGCUAAUCAAUUCUAGAAAUUUACUGUGCAUAAUGAUUCGGAAUGAGACCCUCGAACAAAGCUUAUAUAAAGAAUAUCUAUAAAUGUUGACAUGGUUCAGUGUAGAUGAUUAGAGACGAAUUAAUUCUAUUUUAAAAGUUAGGGUCCGCGGUACGCGUAAUCUUCACUGCUAUCGAGUCGUGCUAACGUUAAACAUUAAUAGUAACAUUACUAUAGUGAUAUAAAUUUUUCAUUGGAUGUGAAUAUUUUCAUUAAAAAUUGUAGUGAAACGAUCAGCUGUUCGAGUGGAAGCAUUUGUUAAACUUUACGUUUACUCUUUUGGGUAAUGUAAUCGCAUUACCUCUUCGUAAACAUUUAUAUUAAACGUUUAUAGAUAUUGUAAAUCUGGCGACUGAAAUUAGAUAUCGAAUUGGAAUGAGACUGAUCUUAAAAAAGUUUAUUAUUCAUACAUCUUCAGAUCAUUUCUCAGAGGACUUUGAAAACGCCAUAAUUUAGCUUUUUUAUUCAUUAAAUUAUUUCAAACGUAUAAUUACACAGAAAUUUCGAGGUUUCCCUUCGUAUUCCGUAAAAUAAUAUACAUUUUUUGUCGUAUAAUAUUUAAAAAGGAAAUUACAACAACAAUGUCUUCAAGGACACAAUACAAUGAGAAAGAAGAAUGCAAAGGUGCCCAGGCGCCGAAAACGAAAGUCUUGCGACAAUUCGGGCCGCUUCUAGUGGCCAUGGUAGGACUACCGGGUAGGGGAAAGAGCGUAUUGGCGAAAAGAUUAUCCAGAUAUUUGAAUUAUACCGGAGACAAAACUAGAGUGUACGAUAUAAGCGCCUACCGUCGAAAACACGUCAAAGAAUACGGAUCGCACGAAAUGUUUAGAGCCGAUAAUUUACCGGCUUGGCGUAUACGUCAAAAGAGCUUCCGUGAAGCUCUAGAAGACGCCGCCGCUUGGUUACAAGAUUCCAACAACAACGUUGCCAUUUUAGACGGACCGAAUGUAUCGAGAGGUCAAAGACAAGAAAUUUACGAUCUUAUUUACAAGCAAUUAGGAUUUAGGGUUAUGUUCAUCGAGUGCGUGUGCGAAGAUCCAGUAUUAUUAGAAAGAAAUUUCAAGGAAAUAUUGCGGUAUAGCUCCGAUUAUCGCGAUAUGGCUACGGAAGAAGCGUUAAAAGAUUUGACACACAAAAUGGCACACUAUCAAGCCCAAUACGAAUCACCGACACUUGGUAGUUUGUGGGAACUACCUUGUCCCAUGGUAAAGAUAUUAGACGAUGGAGACGGCGGUAUUAUAGCUCACGGAGUCAACGGACAAAAAGAAAGCAAAAUAUUAGCUUAUAUUUCAACCCCGAAACAAAAGCAACAAACCCUCUAUUUCAGCAGACACGGCGAGAGCGAAUACAACGUUAUCGGGAAGAUUGGAGGUAACGCGAGACUUUCUCCAAGAGGAAGAAUGUACGGGAAAGCUCUCGCUAAACAUAUACACGCGUUAAAUCUACCAGGUCUCCAAGUUUGGACGUCCACGUUACAAAGAACAAAAGAAACGGUUGCCGGUAUCCAAGCUCCACAACAACAUCUACCAGAAUUAGAUGAAAUCUGGUCGGGCGAAUGCGAAAGUCUCACGUACGAAGAACUACAGGAGCGCUUCCCUAAGGAAUUGGCAUUGAGGGAUAGGGAAAAAUUGAAGUACCGUUACCCGCAAGGUGAAUCCUACAUCGAUGUGAUGUGCCGUUUAAUACCUGUCCUCACUCAACUCGAAUGCGAAACCAACGUCCUCACUAUAUCCCACCAGGCGGUUUUGCGUUGCGUAUUGGGAUACUUUUUGGAAACGCCGCCCGACGAAAUACCCUACAUCCACGUUCCUUUACAUACCAUCAUCAAAUUGACGCUAAAAGGACACAGUUACAGCAUGGAAACUGUCAAAAUGGCAAUAGAUUGCGUCGAUACCAACAGAGCUAAACCUUUGAAUUGUUCCGAGAAUAGGACGGCGGCAGAGGCUCUGCUAACUCUACCGAAACAUUAUGAUUCGUUGUCGAAUUUGAAUAAUUUGAUGUCGUGUACAUAGCUUACGUUGGGAAAGUGUUCUUUCAUCUAGCGUUGAAUAUUUAUUCGAAAUGUCAUAGAUCCGUGUUACCCAAAUGCGAACUUUUUUUCUUAAUCCACCGAUCUACUGAUAAACUUGAAAUUACAACCAUAAAAGAAGAAAAAUCCCAAUUGGAUUUGAAAAAAAAAUAUCAAUUAAUCGAAUUCACCCUUAUUACCGAACCUAGAAGAAAGAAAAACUAGAUUAAGAUCUAAAAAAAGACCCUUUAAGGCCCUGAACCAAACUAUGUCAUGUUUAUAUCAAUGUUUUUACCCUUGAAAUUUAAUUGAACUGUUGCUUAUAGAUUUGAAGUUAAGGGAUUGAGUUACCCCUGAAAACUACCCGAAAAAGUAGGGUUAGAAAUUUUUAACUGUAAUAUUCAGUUACCCCUGAAAAAUAGUGUUAGAAAUUUGAAGCUGAAAUAUUUAUUUACCCCUGAAAAUAACCACAAAAAGAGAGUUAGCAAUUUGAAGCCGGAAGAUUUCGUUAUAUUUAUUUAUAUUUAGUUACCUCUUGAAAUCUAGUUGCAAAAGGUUAUCAUUUUGAAGCUGACAUAUUCAAUUACCCCUGAAAAAUAGUUGACUUUGACAGAUUCAAAUCUGAUGAAAAUCGGUGCAACAGCUUUUAGAGUUAUAGAAAAGAUACAUGAAAAUUGAAUCACUCCUGAAAAGGUUAUAGGUUUGCAAUUGGUACCCCUGAGAUACAAUUUGAAAUGAUAAGUUAGCAGAUUGAAACCAAUUGAAAAUCAGAAUUAAAAAACUGAGUUAGUUUAUAGAAUUGACACUGAAAUAUUGAGUCACCCCUGAAAGUUUCUUGGGGUUAAGUUUGAUGUUACCCCUGAAAAUAACUUCAAAAUGAGGGCUACAAGGCAGAUCGAAUCCGACUGAAAGUAGGGAUUAUAGGAUCGAAAAUUUGUAUUAAGUCACUCCUGAAAGUUAUAAGUUUGAGGUUAGAAUAAUGAAUCGCCCAUGAAAAUGAUUUGACAGUUGACAGAUUCAAAUUUAAUCGUUGACGUUUGCAUUUGGGUGACAUUGAUUGUACUCAUCAGUUUAAAAUUGCUUCCUCGCAAGUAUUUGUAGUGAUUUUAUUAAAAUUCUCUUGUUCUAACAGUUACAUUAUCGAGAAUGAAGAUAAUAUGUCGUAAUUUUCAAAAUCUUCUUCUUUAGGUGUUAGGAUGGAGCUUACUGUACCUUGUAUUUGGCUUCUUCAGCCAAUUUAGUUUCAUAUAAGUGAAUAAUCGGCAAUUUGAUGAAAGAAAAUUUCUUAAUGAUAGAAAUUUAUUUGUCAUAUUAACCAUUCGAUAAUAUAUUUUUAUAUUGUGACUGUUCCCUAUAUAAUUAUUGGAUUAACUGCAGUUUUUAUUUAAACAGUGUGUUUAUUACUUUCAAAAAUUACUAUUUGAAAGAAAAAAUAAUAAAAUUGGUUCUGGAAAAUGAGAAAAAAAAAGAUUAUGAUUGAGAAGAGAAUAAAAAGCUUGUAGGAACAGUGAGAAGCUUACGGUUGAGAUACGAUAAAAAAAGUUGAAAUACAAUGUAGAGAUCAUAAUAUGAUGAUAAAGGAGUAGGGAGUUUACGUGAAAUUGAAUGGAGAAGACUGAUGAUGUGAUACGAAAAGAGAAUCCGUUUAACUUCUUGUUGAUUUUUGAAUUCUUAUAUAUUCUAUUAUGAAAAAAACUGUGGUUAAACCAAUAAAAGAAUUACUAAUAAUCGUCACAAAGUGAGUUUGAAACGGAAAGUUUGUACUAAGAAUUUUUCGAAAAUAUAUAAUACUACAUUAGUAUUUUUUUUUAAUUAUUUUCUGAAUAGUGGUUAGCAAAUUUUACAUUGUAUAUGAUACUAUGACUGCAAUAUAUGUUUGAAAAACAAA